GUUGGAAAUAAUGAAUUUGUGGCUGGUUUGAUCCUUGAAGAUUGGUGAAUUUUUGGACUGAGAUCAGCUUGAGGAAGGAUGAUAGAUUGCUAGAAUGUUGGAAGAGAAUGUAAGGGUUGUGGCUGGUUUGAGGCCUUGAAGAUUGGUGAAUUUUUGGACUGAGAUCAGCUUGAGGAAGGAUGACAGAUUGCUAGAAUGUUGGAAGAGGAUGUAAGGAGCAUUGACGGGGCGUGGAGUCUUUCCUUGUCCUAUUCCCUAUAUGAAGUGCGGAACACGACACUUGAAACUAAAAACAAUCAAAUUUGGUUUAAAAAACCAUGUGGCGCCAUGCGAGGAAGACUCUGUCCUUAUAGUCGUCGUCGCAUGCCCGCGAUUUGAUGCUUUCCGCCAUUUAAAAUGGCCCCGCCACUGACGCAACGUUGGCCGGACGGUCUAGACCAGGGGGCGCGUACGGACACACAGACGUUCAACUCCCCUUGCCACAUGCUAAGACAUUGAAAUCUCUAUUUACCCAUUUUUUAAUCUUUCGCCCGAGGAACAAGAAAAACGAGGCAAUGUGUCUUGCAGCACACGAGUCAAAAAAAGCCUUUGGGUAAAGUUGUGAACACGGGUGUAAAUAUUCUAAGAUAUUGAAUCAGUAUCACAUGAACUUUAAAAUUGAGGCGCUGAGAUAUAUGACUUAAUUUGAACUGUUAAAUAAAGAUAUAUCAAAAGCGAAAAGGACUAUUAUUAUGAGGGUAAAGGCAAGAGGAUAUGUUUUACCACAGGCUUAAAAGUGGUACAGUGAUACUGCAAUAGGUUGUUUUCAUGACUCAUUAUAUAUGUAUAACCGACGUAAGUCGGCACAAGGGGAAACCGCGUCUCCCAUGUUUUGGGGAGAGCCAGUUACUUGCCGACUAAAACUAACUUAUGCAAACACCCUUGAUUCAGACAAACUAUUUCAAUGUUGAUUGGGGUGUGAGUAAUCAAUUUAGGAUAUGGACGGUAGAAAGCUGGCAUGCGGGAGCUAAUUUAUUUGAGGGUAGGCACGGAUUCUCUGUCAAAAAGACUGUGACAAGUUAAUUGGGUUGGUAGAUUGGGAUUCACACCAGGCUAGCCUAUACCCAGUUGUUACGAAGUGGGAAUCUACCACCAAGCUUCCUCACCGCCUAAGUUGUGGCUUAUAAGAAGCAGGCACGGGCUUAGCAAUCAGAAUGAAAUUCUUUCAGUCAACCUAACUUAUUUUUCUCCACCCACCUUCCUCUAUCACCUAUCCCUCCGCUCCUUUCUCUUCCUCUUCAAAACCAUGUCCACCACAAUCACAGGCAGCUAUUUUCCGCAUUAUGAUUGUGGCACAAUCAUCCUCAAUGUGAGCGCUGCCACAUUCACCAAAGCCCAAAAGAGGUGGCGGGUUGCCUAUGUUGCCAUCUGCUCUUUCCGGGUCCUGCUUUCUCUCUCCAAACAGAAUGUAAUGAGGCGAAAGGCCACCAGUACUGCUUUACUGCACUCUCAUUUAACUGUUGAUAUCCAGCCACCCACUUCCUAUCAUCAUGAUGAUCAAAGCGACGUUGUCCCUAACCCUGAUUUACCCGACUUAGUCCCUAAACCUCACUCACCUGACUUAGUCUCUAACCAUGCGUUACCUGACAUCAAUACAAAGCUUACAGAGAUGGUGAAGGAGAAAGACCUGAUUGCUCUUCGGGGUUUUGGAGGAGUAGAAGGUGUCGCAGCCACUCUUUUGAUCGACCCUCAGCAUGGAAUCCUGGGAAACGAGGAUGAUGUUCGCAGGAGACGAGACAAGUUUGGUUCCAACACUUAUUACAAGCCACCCCCAAAAGGGCUCUUCUAUUUUGUUGUGGAUGCUUUCAAGGAUACCACAAUUCUCAUAUUGCUGGUCUGUGCUGCACUUUCUCUUGGCUUCGGCAUCAAAGAACAUGGACCACAGGAAGGUUGGUACGAGGGUGGAAGUAUAUUUGUGGCUGUCUUCCUUGUUAUCUCUGUAGCUGCACUUAGUAAUUUCAGACAGGAGAGACAAUUCGACAAGUUAUCCAAGAUUAGUAACAAUAUAAAAAUUGAUGUUGCAAGAGAUGGAAGAAGACAAGAAAUCUCUAUUUUCGAUAUUGUAGUUGGAGAUGUGGUCUUUCUAAAUAUUGGAGAUCAAAUACCAGCUGAUGGACUGUUCUUAGAAGGGCAUUCCAUGGAAGUGGAUGAGUCGAGCAUGACAGGAGAGAGCGACCAUGUGGAAGUUGAUCGUGAGAGGAACCCAUUCCUGUUUUCUGGUUCAAAGGUGGCAGAUGGAUAUGCUCGAAUGCUCGUGACGUCAGUGGGGAUGAACACUGCAUGGGGUGAGAUGAUGAGUUCAAUAUCGCGUGAUACUAAUGAACGAACCCCAUUACAAGCAAGGCUCGACAAAUUAACCUCAUCUAUCGGAAAGGUUGGUCUUGCAGUUGCUUUCCUAGUUCUUGUAGUCUUAUUAAUACGUUACUUUACGGGGCAUACGAAAGAUGAGAAUGGGCAAAGGGAAUAUAAUGGUAGCGAUAAAGACAUAAAUGAUGUGUUGAAUUCAGUUGUGAAUAUUGUAGCAGCUGCAGUUACCAUUAUUGUAGUGGCUAUUCCUGAGGGUUUGCCAUUAGCUGUAACCCUCACACUAGCUUACUCUAUGAAAAGAAUGAUGGCUGAUCACGCAAUGGUUAGGAAACUUUCAGCCUGUGAAACAAUGGGCUCAGCUACUAUUAUUUGUACCGAUAAAACGGGCACCUUGACAAUGAAUCAGAUGAAAGUGACCAAGUUUUGGCUUGGCCAAGAGGAGAUGGGAGAAAUUCCUUCUAAUGCAAUUACUCCAUGCAUUCUUGAAUUGUUCCGUCAAGGAGUCGGGUUAAAUACAACGGGUAGCGUUUACAGACCUGCUUCAGGAGCUGUCUUUGAGUUUUCUGGUAGUCCAACUGAGAAAGCAAUUCUCUCUUGGGCUGUCCAGGAAUUGGGCAUGGAUGUGGAGCAAUUGAAGCAAACUUAUAGCAUCCUCCACGUUGAAACUUUCAAUUCUGAAAAGAAAAGAAGUGGGGUUUCAAUGAGGAAGAAUGCCGAUAAUACCAUCCAUGUGCACUGGAAAGGAGCUGCUGAGAUGGUACUACAAAUGUGUUCAAAUUACUACGAGACUAGUGGGACUAUAAAGUCUAUGGAUGAAGAUUCAAGGAUGCAAUUAGAGAAAAUAAUUCAAGGCAUGGCAGCUAGUAGCCUGCGGUGCAUUGCUUUUGCUUAUAAGCAAAUUUCAGAAGCGGAAAUAGAAUACAAUGAUGAUGGGAGGGCCCACCAAAAGCUAAAUGAAAACGGAUUAACCUUGCUAGGUAUAGUUGGGCUCAAGGACCCAUGUCGGCCAGGGGUCAAGAGAGCCGUGGAAAUUUGUAAAUCUGCAGGAGUGGAAAUCAAAAUGAUCACGGGGGACAAUGUUUUCACAGCUAAAGCUAUAGCCACAGAAUGUGGGAUACUUGGGUCUGAUGAUACAGAACAUAAGGGAGCAGUGGUAGAAGGGGUCGAAUUCCGAAACUACACCCACGAAGAGAGAAUGCAGAAGAUUGAUAAAAUUCGUGUGAUGGCAAGGUCCUCACCCUUUGACAAGCUUUUGAUGGUACAGUGCUUGAAGCAAAAAGGUGAGGUGGUUGCAGUUACAGGGGAUGGCACAAAUGAUGCACCUGCUUUAAAGGAAGCUGAUAUAGGACUCUCCAUGGGCAUUCAAGGUACUGAGGUGGCCAAGGAGAGUUCGGAUAUUGUUAUCUUGGAUGACAAUUUCACUUCUGUUGCCACGGUGUUGAGGUGGGGUCGAUGUGUUUACAACAAUAUCCAGAAAUUCAUCCAAUUUCAACUCACCGUGAAUGUUGCGGCUCUUGUGAUUAACUUUAUUUCAGCAGUUUCUGCAGGCGAAGUUCCCCUCACAGCUGUUCAACUGUUGUGGGUAAACCUAAUUAUGGACACAUUGGGAGCUUUGGCUCUUGCUACAGAUCGGCCCACCAAUGAACUGAUGCAGAGACCACCCGUUGGUCGCACUGAACCCCUCAUAACCAAUGUUAUGUGGAGGAACCUUCUGGCUCAAGCUCUAUACCAAAUAGCCGUCCUCUUGACCUUACAGUUCAAGGGUGAGUCCAUCUUUAAUGUGGAUGAGAAGGUGAAUGAUACUCUAAUUUUCAACACUUUUGUCCUUUGCCAAGUUUUUAAUGAGUUCAAUGCAAGGAAGUUGGAGAAGCAGAACGUAUUCAAGGGCAUUCACAAGAACAAGUUGUUUCUUGGGAUUGUGGGAUUUACAAUUGUUCUUCAGGUUGUGAUGGUGGAGUUCCUAAAGAAAUUUGCAGAUACAGUGAAUUUGAAUGGGUUGCAAUGGGCAAUUUGCAUUGCAAUUGCAGCUGUAUCAUGGCCAAUUGGUUGGAUUGUGAAGUUCAUACCUGUUUCAGACACACCAUUCCUCAGUUACAUCAAGUGGGCAGGACAAGCAUUCGGAAGGAUUCUACACCUAUCAUAUCUCUCUUUCUCCAGUCUUGGAAGGGGCUGUGUGAAAAGGUGAGGCUCUGAGCAUGACGCAAGCAAUGCUAGGCCUACUUUUAGUGGCCAAAGCUUCAUAAUCUGGAUGGAGUACUGCAUUCAUCCAGAUUAUGAAGCUUUGGCCACUAAAAAGAGGCAUAACUUUGCUCAUGCACUGGGCAUGAAUGGACCUGAAGGAUUGGUAUUUAACAGAGGAGCAUUGAGAUAUACCCACCAACCUGUGCAUGGAACAACUAAAACUUGAUAGAGCAUGAAAACAUGAGGUCGUCUUAUGACUUAAGUUAGGGUGUAGGCAAGCAUAUUUUGAGGCUCAAACUUGCAUUAAGGUCUCUUAUCUUUUCUGAUGUAUCAUAGUCAUAGUGUAUUGUUUUAUCUCAUUGUAGAUGUAUGCAUGGUUUGGCUUAUACAUUAAAUACAUUAAAAAACAGGUCACAUUUGCUGUC